AUGAUUAACGAAAAUUCGAGUGCUGUUCCUUUAGAAUACGAAUGGUUGGAAGAAGAAAUAAAGAAUGGCCGCGUCAAUUCCUUUAACUAUAAUCAAUUCACCAUACUCAAAGAAAUCGGAACGGGUGGAUUUGGUAUUGUAGAAUGUGCGGAAUGGAAAGUCUUUGAAAGAAAGGUUGCAUUAAAACGUUUAAAAAAUAGUCAACCGCAGUUAGACGAAUUGUCUUUGAAGGAAUUCAUACGUGAGAUAAGGCUUCUUCGAAAGAUUUCGGUGCAUCCUAACGUUAUCAAGUUUCUUGGAAUCAUGAAAGGAGGCAAUACAUGUUCUCUCAAAGGAAUGAUGGGAUUUGUGGAUCCUCAAUGUUACCUUACUCCCGGGUUUAUAAGAAACGAAAAAUCUGACGUAUACAGUUAUGGUGUUAUUCUAUGGGAGAUUUCCAAACCAACAAAAAAUGUUCCUCUGAAAUUCAUUGAACUUUAUAAGAGAUGUCAGAGCGUUAAUCCAGAUAAACGUCUGAAUAUUGAUGAACCCAGGUACUUUAUCUUGCAAUCAAACAGACUCAGUAUCAAUGCCACAAGAAAUUCGUAA